UGAAUGUGCGAAUUUCGGCAGCGUUCUGUAUCGACCGAGCAAACAAUAAACAUAAACAAUCUUGUACACCGUUUUAUUAUUGUUCGUGGUCAGAUGGUCUUCUCAACGAAAUGACUUAAAAUACAUAGAAUAAGGUAGAGACGGAAAAAAUAAGCUCGGAAGUCGAAUUUUUCGAGUUAUUCCAGCAAGCUAAGUGCAAGCGGCAACCUAAAGCGACAUAGUCAAGACAGAGCGGCAGACCGCGCAUCUGCGUCCUUUUUGGCGCUUGGUUUCCGCCGCUGCCUAUGUCACCGUAGAGAGAGAGAAAUACACAGCCUCGGAAGAGAGAGGCCAUUUUGCUGUCCGUUGAUAAGUCCGCGAAGUGGAGUAUUAGCAUACCGACCGAUUUUCAAUCCGUACUUCGGCUUUCGAAUGUGCGAAAAGUACGUAAAUUAAAAGUGUUGAUAAGCCCAUAAUCGCCGACGAGGAAAAUUCAAUCUAUUAUUACUUAAGUUUGAUCACAAGAACAUGCAAGAUCAUAAGGCGUAAUUAAAAAAGUGUAAUAGUUUUGUUACCCGAAGAAAACUUCAAAAUUUAAAGACAAUAAAUAUGGAUGUUGAUACCCAUGUGACUGAGAUAUUAGAACAAGCUGACGAAGGACAAGAAAUUAUAUUAGAGCCUGAAGGACAAUAUGAGGAAGAUGAAGAAGGCGAAGUUGAAGAGAUUGUAGAAAUCAUAGAAGAAAUUGAAGAAGUAGAAGAUGAAAUUGAAGAAGAAGUUCAUGAGGCAGAACAAGUGGAACAUGUUGUUGUAGAAGAAGCUGUUCAUGCCGAAGAAAGGGAACAAGUAUCUACAAACCAUUUAGUUAAUCAUGGAGAUGAUAUCUCAUACAUAUCUCAAAAACAACAACCCACCCCUAGUAGUGAAACAAAUAAUAUUCAAAUUUGCUACGAUGCUUCAGCUGAUUGGGAGGAUGAAGAGCCUAAUAAUGCAGUGGAGCCCAGUACAAGUGAUGGACAAUAUAAUACAUACAUUACUUAUAACAAUGGUGUGAACGAUGAAGGUAAUCCUGGAUCUGAGGAAAGAAAUCAAAUAAAUUAUGAAGAUUGUGUACCUAAAGAAACUAGUGUAGAGGAUGAAAAUAGUCAACAUGAAAUAAUUCAAAAUGAGGAAAACAAUUUAAUUUACACUGUAUUAGGAACUAAAAAACCAAGAGUAAAUCAAGAAAAUGCACAAGUAGAAUUUGUUGAGGUUCAACGAUUUGCAGAAGAAAAUUUACCAGAAGAUGGAACUAUUUACUAUGCAGUAAAUGAAGGAGAUGGAACAUACGUACAAGCAGUUACAGAAGAUGGGCAACAGUAUCAUUAUGCUAAUGAAGAAUCGAUGGAGCAAGAUAAUCAAGAAUGGGAAGUAUCCAAUCAAAAUACUCUUGAGGAGCAACAGCAGCAACAACAAGAAGAACAGCAGGGAGAGCAAGAACAAAUAUUUUUGCAUGAAGACGAAGAUGGUCAACUGUAUUUUAAAAACGAUCAAGGACAACUUCAGCCAGUAUAUUUAACACCUGAUGGAAAUUAUGCUAUUGCAGAAAAUAGCAGUGAUGAACAGGACAGUCAAGAAGCUACAAGCCAAGUACAAGAGGAACAUAUGGAAUCAGAUAAUUAUGUUCUUCCUGAUUUAGAUACAAAACCAUAUAGUCCUAAGAAGCGCGCAAAAGAUCAUUCUCAAGAUGAUAAUGAUGAUACUGUGACAAUAUCAUUGAUUAUAUCAGAAGAUGAGCAUGGACAAAAAAGAACACAAGUCAUUAUACCGACUCCAGCAGAAGCCAAAUGUGAUAUUUGUAACAAAUCAUUUAAAACUUCCUUGCAAUUGCUAAAGCAUAAUAGAUUAAAACAUGCUAGAGAAGAGGAUAUUACAACUCGUAAUUUCCCGUGCGAUUUAUGUCCUAAAAGAUUUUCUGAUCAAAAUUCGUUAGCACGUCAUCGUAAAAUUCACAUGGGAGAUAGACCAUUCCAAUGUCUAGAAUGUCAUAAAACGUUCCCUACAGCUAAUAUACUAAGGAAACAUUUAUCAAUGCAUAAUCCAGAUUCCCAUCCAUUACCUUGCAUUUAUUGUGGGCGAAGAUUUUCUGACAAAAUCAGCUUGAUGAAACAUGAGCAAUCACAUUUAGCCGGAGAAAAGAAAACUCAUGUUUGUGAUAUUUGUCAAAAAUGCUUUUCAAAUCCAACCGACUUGAAUAUCCAUAAAAAAAAUCAUGAUCCAGACAGGAAAUUUGAUUGCGAAGUCUGCGGACGAGAAUUCAAUCGAUUGAACAAUUUACAACGCCAUAUGAUGGUUCAUCAGCAGAAGCAACAACAACAAGGACCAGGAGGAAGCGAGGAAAUCUUAUCUUGUAAUGUUUGUGGAAUCACGUACAAAUUUUCAAGCUCCUUGACUAGACACAUGGUCACAACGCAUAUGAAUCCUGAAAAGCUUCGUCAAGAAGCCGAAGAACAGAGGAGAAAACGUGAAAACAAUUAUAGGCGCUAUUUAGAAAACCGAAAAACGUACGAAAUGCAACAACCAAAGCGCCCCUAUCACCGAUCUAGAAUGUUAGACGACGAAGAUGAUGAAGCCGAUUGAUUCUACUGAAAUUUUGGCAUUAAUGACAGUUUGCGAUAGUCCACAGUUAUUAAAAAAAUAUAUAAAUUGACUAUGGAUACAUAUUUUCUCAUUGAAUAUUCAACUUUCGAGAGAACUUGGACAUUUCUUUGCAUAUUUAAACUUUUAUUAUUCGGAGCGUAGAUAUACUGAUAAUUAUUGAAUGUAAAAUCUUAUCUCUUAAAAUAACUUUUGAAGGUAUUUAUAAAAUAGUACAUUACGAUACUAGUGCGAGAAAGAAAUUUUAUCUUGGUGUGAAUAUUUGUGCCCGAACGAAUCGAAGGUGAAGAGGCUACACAAAAGUAAAAUCACUUUUUCGUACGUAUUUAACUUUAUUUUUCGAUACAACAUACGUGAGACAAGAGUUUAAGCAUGCUCGAUUUCUUGAGCAUGUUUAAAGUGGAGUCCUCGCGCACAGAGUCUCGAAAAAGUAUAUAAGACUCUUAUUAGAUUUGUAUUCUGAAUACGAAGUUUAUAAAAGUGAAAUGAAACUUGUUUUGUUGAAUUAAAUGUGACUUUGCUUGUAUAAAAAAAAGGAAUUAUUUUUAAUGGCGUGGAUUUCGCCAAAUGUAUGAAUGUUGAAAUUAUGUAUAAUAAUAUUCUUUAAUCAUUGACGGCACGAUGUAUGUGUUGCAUAUGUGU